AUGGGUUUCUUCAAGCUGGGGCGGCUGGAGAAGGGAAAGUCUCAGGAUGGCAUGCCUCGCCAGGCAGACCGAAAAGAGGGCGAACCUCUCUUGGAUGCCACGCAGGCGGAUGCACAGCACAAGAAGAGGGAACCAGAAGGCAUGUCCGCGGCGAAGCCGGUGGCCGAAAGCCGUUCUGGGGCGGCUACACGUGUUCAGGCCGGCCUCUCCGUGAACGACUUCAUUAGCAAGACGAAGAAUCAGCAGCGCCAGGGUUUGAAGCCCUCCGGGCCGGAGCUCAUAGCGUACGCACGCUACCUGGGAAUCGACCCUGUGGCAGACCAUGACCUCUUGUGGAUCGCUGUGGAGGCCCUAGAAGCACCCCUACCCUCCGAUUGGACGGAGCAUUUCGACAGCAGCGACCGAGUGUUUUAUUACAAUGCAUCGACGAGAGUUAGCUCGUGGACGCAUCCGCUCGAGCACGUUUACCGAGAAACGUAUAAGACCAUUGUGAACCUGCGCAACUCCAAUAUGUCAGCGCAGGAGCGAGGGGACGCCCUGUCAAAGCUACAGGCAGAGGUUCGUCAGAUGGACCAGGAGACACAGAAGGAAGUGGCAAAGUGGUCCGAGCAUCAAGACGAGCAGGGCAACAGAUUCUAUUUCAACAAAGAGGAAAGGCAGAGUACCUGGACAGACCCGCGCCCCGCCAAGUGCCAGGUCUUGUAUCUGAAGAUGAAGGCCUUCAGAAUACUGUCAAGCACAGCGGGAACACCAGGCUUCGUGGAUCCGAGCAAGGAUUCCACGGGCUCUCGCUAUGGCUCCAUGUUCGGCUCCGACUACACGGAGACCCCGAUCAAGUCGAGGACGGAGAAGAAGCCGUCCAGCGCCAGUGACGAGGUCAUUGAUCUUUCCAAAGAUGGGCCGGAGGAGAGGAACUCGCCCAGGACCUCAGAGCACUCUGCGCAUGGCAGCGACUCUGACAGUGAUGAUAGGAAAAAGAAGAAGAAGAAAAAGAAGGACAAGAAGGAGAAGAAGAGCAAGAAAGGAAAGGAUGAGAAGCUGACGCAGCUCACCAGCUCGCAGUCGGAACUUCCCGGGGCCAGGCCCCCAGCCGCAGCAUCCUCAAGCAGCGCCACGGUACCCGCGUCCAACUCCGACGACAAUUCAGGGUUCGGCGAGCACAACGAGGGGAAGACGGGCAAGGGCCAUGUGAAGGUGAAGGCAGGCAUCCGCCUCGAGCCCUUGGGCAGCUUGAAUCAAGGCAGCCCAGGGUCCAGCCCGAUGGAUCGACUCGAUGUCCGUGCUGGAGGCCUUCGCAGCAUCCCGUGA